CCGUUGCUUCUAGAACACAGUUUAAGAAUGAAUAAUCCUAUCUUGCUUUGUUUGAUCUUUGGGCAACUCUGCAGCUUUUUUAUUCAGAGCCAAGUAUGUUCCUUAAGACAAUAUUCUCCCCAAGGCCCUGCGUCUGAAGCCUAACAUGGAAUUGAACUGCCCAGAGAGAGCACUGGUGUGAAUAAAUGUACUGUAACUUUACACGCUGCAAAGGAGGAGGUUGCAAAAAUGUGGGCAAAGGAAGGCAAAAGCAGGAUGCCAGGAGGGUGACCAAGUGGUUUCUGGCCAGAAGAACCCAUGACUGAGAACCACGUCAGCCACAGCCACCCGGCCAGAAAGAGGGCUUCCCAGGCUCCUUUUGAAGCUCCACAGGUCGGCGCGGACGGCCCUUCCCGUCGACUCUGAGGCGUCGCCCGGGCCACCUCGCGGCCCUCCAGUCCCCGCCCCUGCAGCCUAGCUACUUAAAGCGGGGACGGGAUCCGAAGGAGGAGACGGCGACGACCCGAGACGGGCUGGCAAAAGCCGGGCAGAAAGGCGCCCCCGGUGGCAAGAAGAGACCCAUCAGGGCAUCCCUCCGUCGAGCCAUGGCCAGAGCCGGACUCGCCAGGAGCCGGAGCCUGCGGGUGGGCGGCGUGGCGUUGCUGAUCCUCUCCGCCGCCUUCUCCGCCUCGCCUUCACUCGCCGAGAAGAGGGACGGGCCCAUCCGGCUCAGGGAGAACCUCUGGGCUACAGGGCAUUUUAUGGGGAAGAAGAGUCCCCUGAGCCCCACCCCCCUCCACUCAUCAUCCUUGGGGAGCGCAGAGCCCAACCAGAUCCCCAGAGACUUCAGCCCAGCAGUCACUAGCAUCAUAGAUGGAGCGAAGGAUCUACUGACCAGAGAACUUCUCAAAAUCCUUUUGCAACAGAAGCUUCUGGAGGAGAGCCAAGAGGAUCCCAAAGAGCAGGUGAGAUCCCUCCAGUUUCCUGCUUGGAAGGAAUGUGCAAUUGCCAGGAUUCCACAGAGCUAGUCAUGAUGCCCACCCUUACUUUCUCAGCCUCCAGGCACCUUCAUUCACUGCACAUCUCUCCUAUAACUCCAACUAUGCCCUUCUCAGGGAGCUGAUCCACUGCCAAGCAAAAUGCUGGAGGGCUGGUACUUGGCCUGCAAGCUCCAGUUGGGUCCUUAUGGCUGCAACAUCUAGCCUAGCUUGUGCAUUCUUCUUUCUCCCUCUC